AUGGGUUCCUAACCAGCGAAGUCUAGAAAUUUAUAUAAAUAUGAGUAUCAAUAAAAUUAAAUGGAAAUAUAAUAACCUAAUGAACAAAUCAAAGUUUCUUUUUUUAAAAAAUCUAACUCCAAUCAUUCAUUAAAAUAAAAAGAUAAUCAAUCAUCUGAGACUUCAAAAUUCAAUGUAAAUUAUAAAUUUAUUAUUAUAUAGACAAACAAAUAAUAAUUUAUACAAAUUCUACAAAAUGAUUUUUGUAUCGAAAAUGCAAAAUUAAUUGGAAAUUAAGAUCUUUAAAUUGAAUUUAUAAUUUUUGCUUAAACCCCUUGCAAAAUUUAAGUAUAUUAGAAAAAUUAAUUAGUUAUUUGUAUAAGGUCAAGAAAUUUGUGACACUUUUGGGGAUGUUCUUCAAUCUAUUUAGGCUAAAGAAUUCUAAGAAGAGAUUCAAUUAAUUGAACCUUAAACAAAAAAUGUCAAACUUAUUAGCAAAUUAAAAUUUCCUAAAAGUUGCAUAAUUCAGAAAAAUUCUAAUCCUGAUUUAAUUUAUUGGAAAAUUAUUAUUUUAAUUUAAAACUAGAAAAUGAUGAUGAUUUAUUAUUAUGAUUAUGAAGAUGAUCAACUAAAAUUAAUCAGAUAAAAAUUAUAAUUACAUCAGUAAGUUGUCUUUGAAAUUUAAGAAAUCAUUGGAAUAAAUGAUACUAAUCUAAUUGAAUCAUAGAAAAAUGAAUAGGUAAAUGGAAAAUGCAUAAGUUGUAAAAGCAUUAGUUCUGAUACUAUUAUCAUGCCUUGUAGACAUAUGAAUUUAUGUCAAAAUUGUGCAAAUUAAAUUAUUGAAAUAAAUAAUCAACAUUAAUUAUAGGUAAAUAAAUAACAUGCUCUAGACUUAAGUGUCUGUCCUCAAUGUAGUAUGGGUAAUUAUUAUUUGUAAUUUUAGAAAUCGAUUUUUUUAUUAAAUUAUAAAAAGCAUGA